AAUGCAAACGUUCCGAUGCCUUUGCUUGGUUAUGGGUGGAGCCGAUUUACUAUUUACAGCUAAAGUACCAUACGAAGCCAGCAAGUUUGUACUUAAGGAUUUAGCAAAAAACUAUGCGAAAACGGCUGUAAGAGAACUUAAUAAGCGAAACGCAUCAAAUGCUUUCGAUGAUUGGGUAUGGUGGAUAUUUAGGGAUUUACCUUUUUCUCAUCUAGUCAGAAUAUUUGAUUGUUUUCUCGUUGACGGAAGAAAGUUUCUGUAUAGAGUAGCUCUUGUCCUCCUCAAACUGUUUUUCAAGUCAAACGUAAAUAAAGAGGAUAGCUUGAAGAUUUCUGAUCAAAUGAGGCACUUCUUUAGCGAAAUACCCUUAUCAGCAGAACAGUUGUUAAGGAAAAGUUACAAGAUAAGGUUGACAAGAGCUCAAGUCAGGAAGUUAGAGAAAAAGAAUGAGAUGUAUGUGAAAAGUUUACGCCAUCAAUCGUACGAUAAAAAUGCGCUGAAAAAAUCCGAAUCAUGCGAGUCGUUAAACAUAAAGGUUUCAAGGUCGUUUAGUGGCCCAAUAUUAUCCGUUUACGAUGAAACGGACCUAAAAGCGGAAAGACGAAGGUCUUUCCAAUCUCUCACAGCCUUGCCAUUUACAUCAAGUUCCUCCUUACUACUCGAUAUAGCUCACUGGCGCCAGAUUUACAGUUGGAUUCCAAUUCGUAUUUCUCUACUUAUUCCAAAACUACUCUAUUCCACAAUGGAAAAUGGCUCAAGUUUACAAAUGAUGUACUCUCUGAUUGAAGGAUAUGAACCAACUCUAAUAAUAGUCAAGACAACUCAAGGAUUCAUUAUCGGAGGUUAUUGUUCAGCUGACUGGGCUGAAAGGAAAACUUUUAAAAAUAGUAUGUCCUAUUUUGGUACUGGAGAGUCAUUUGUUUUUACAUUGGAGCCAAGCGCAAAGAAGUUUGCCUGGCAGGGUAUAGGCAAAACUAACGCUUCGAAUGAUACUCAAUACUUUCAGGCGGGAGAUAAUUCUAAAUUAACAAUAGGUGGAGGAGGUGGGGAAGCUCUACAAUUGGACGAAAAUCUUACUAAAGGACGAUCUGAAAAAUGUAGUACAUUUGAUAAUGAGCCACUAGUCGAAGACAGCGAUUUCGUCUGCAGUAUUGUCGAAGUGUUCGGAUUUAAUAGGGAUAAUUAA